CUGUUCCGGUCAUAAAACAACAUCUCUGCCGUUCCCUACGGAGCUGGCCAAACGAAUUGGCAAUGAUAAAAGUUUUGAAACUAUUUUAAUAGAAACGGCCAAAGGUUUGAACACAUUUAAGUUUUAAUAAAUUUCUUUGUGUGUUCUUCAUUUGCUAGAUAGACUUAUUGCAAGACUUUAAAAAACUCAAUUUAUAGUCAUGCUAAUAAAGUUCUUAUUUUCAUUACCAUGUCAGUGCGCAGUGUAAUGCAUCAAAACUUUGUAUAUAGGCCUAUCUAUCAGCCCUAAUGCAUGCAUAUAAGUAAAUCAUGCAUGGUUCAUGUUUUACAUAACUUGUAGAUUUAUAAUAAGGUGAUUGGUAAAUAAUAGCUCUAAUAAUAGCAAAUAAUAACGAAGUAACGGCCAGAACGUACGUGGCUAUAUGUGAAACUGUCCACCUUGUCUUUGCAAGCAAGCUCCAAUUGUGAAACUUUCUUGUGUAUUUCUGCUUAUCCUCUCACUUGGGUGAAUCAGGUUUGAAUGUCCAAACAACGUGAAAUGCGCAAACUAGAUUAGUUUGAGCAUUGCUGGCGAAGAUCUGUCGAUUUUGUGAGAUGAACAAUGAAUGACGUUAAUUCGAAUUGGUGAAUUCGAAUCUUUUUAGCCAGGUGAUCAAGAAAUAAACUUGUCCCUAAAUUCUAACCCAUGCAAUCCCAUAUGAAAAUGUGACCUAAUGUCUGCCGUUUCGUAAUACAGACAUGCACAAUCACAAGCAAUGAACAUCAACAUAUUACCGUUCAUGCCGAGCAGUCUAAUUCUGUAAUUAUUUUGUUAAUAUAGCUGUUGACCAAUACAAGGUCAAGGAUUUAAGAAUUGGAACAAUAUGUCGCCACAGCACGAUGGAUGAAGAAUUAUUUCUCAACCAAUGUACCUCAACCAAUGUAAACAAACAAAAAGAUGCUGCCAUUCUGCGGGAGCAAUACGAACUAGGUAAGGUCAUAGUCAAUAUAAUAAACAAGGUUAUAGCCAGGUAUUCGAUGGAAAUACAAAAGAUCACAUCUAUAUAUAUGCAUGUUACUUUAUAUCCUCACAUGCGUAUUUUUUUUAAAUUACAAUGUUUUUAAUGGACCUAUUCCUGAUGAACAAAAUUUUGAUCUCAACAAGUCUAGACAAACAUUUCACUACAGCUUGAAAGAGCAUCAAAAUGAGUAAUAUUCCAAAGUUUCAUUGCAAAAUGUUGUAAAAUGCGGAUAAUAUAGCCUUGCGAAGUUUGACGUUUUCAGUCAUUUUGUAUUACGCACAGGAACAUAUCCAUUACACAUUGACAUUAUGUUUUAACUGGAACAAUAAUUCAAGACAAAAACAUGUGUUAUCAAAAAUACAAAAAUUUAUUAUCAAAAUUUUUGAAUGUUGAUUGUUGUUAACUUUCCUUCAUUUGUGCAGUUUAUUAGUUCAUAUGCUGUAAGCAGAGUUCCUCUGCUUCCGCCAUGACCACCGAGUAUACAGGGUGUCCAAAAAAAAAGUGACACUAUAGAAAUUAUCCUAUUGUUAUAAUUUCAAUGCCCUAGCACUAAGUUGAUCUCACAGGUGCAUAAACUUCUGCUUCUGGAAUUUAAAAUAAAAAAGCAAACUGUUUAAUAGUGUAAUCGUUUUGCUUGACUCGGGCGUUAAAAUAUUUGGACGAAGUGAAAACGUUGUAAAAUGCAAAUACAAGUUCAUUAAAGUGGCCCUGGGUUUGACAAUUUUUUUGAAAGCAGUUGACCAUCUUUUCAUCAUCUUCUUUUGGCUUCUUUUCAUCAUCUUCUUUUUCAACAAGUAAGUACUUAUGAAAGUUACAUUUUUAUCUGCGGUGUUCAACGGCUUGUGUACACGCUAAUAUUUUUGUUAAAACCAGUUAAACCAAUUUUUUAAAAACUUUAUUUAUCUUUUUACCUUUAAAUACCCUCAUUUGGACAUAAUUUCCUAAUAAGAAACAUGUAUCUGGAAUUUGAUUGGCUACUCCGACUAUCAACAAUUCUUGAAUUUACUCCCGCGCCUUUCUGCGUCAGCAAUUUUUUUUGCUCUGCAGUGAUUUCAUCUUUCACUUCGACAGGUUUUUGUUAUGACUGAAGAAAUGUCUGAAAAUGGCUACAAACAUGAGUAAGUUUUACAAUAUAACUUUUAUUUUAUAUGCGGAUUAUAAAUGAAUAUUUAAAUACCUGGCAUUAGCAUCGGGCACAUUUAUCUUUUUUUUCUUUUUCAGCUGGUUAGGUUUUCCUAGUCCUCAAUUUAACUCGCCAGAAAGCAAUCCAGAAAGCAGCUUGAUGUCACCAUGUGUAUACUGAAAAGGUAACAUAUCCCGCAAUCCCUGUUUUCUGGUAUCAGAUAAAAAGCUUGUAUAUAUUUUGAAAUGUUUAUUAACGCUGUCUGCCUUCUAUACAGAAUAUACCAAGCUCAAAGUAAAAGGGGAAAACUAUUAACUCGCCAAGGCAAAAUAAAAGACCAACACUGGCGGCAGGUCAGCCAUUCUAUAUAACAUUAAUUUGCCGGUUUAGUUUCCAAAAAAUAAACUCAUUCAUAUAUAGUAUGUUAUAGUUUAUAUUCAUGCAGGUUGGGGAAGCCAGCAGAGCCAAACGAGGAUGACAUUAAAGACAACAAGUGCGACGCAAAAUAGGAAAUUAACACUUGCAGCAGGUCAGCCAUUCAAACUUUAAUAUGCCGGUGUAGUUUCCAAAUAACAAACUUGUUCAUAUAUAGUUUUGUUAUUGUUUGAACUCUGAUCGGGGAAGCCAGCAGAGCCAAUCGAGGAUGACAUUGAAGACACCAAGUCCGACGCAAAACAGGAAAUCACUUGCAGCAGGUCAGCCAUUCAAACUUUAAUUUGGUGGUGUAGUUUCCAAAUAACAAACUCGUUCAUAUAUUGUUUUGUUAUCAUUUGUAUUCAGGUCGGGGAAGCCAGCAGAGCCAACAAAGUCAAAGAGGUAGACCGCUAGGUCAGGCAGUCAACUUUUAUUUGCCAGUACAGUUUCAAAAACCAACUUAACUGGUUGAGCUCUAAUUCUGAACUUCUGAGUUGUGUACUGACCUUUCAAAAAUGUAAAUGACUGAUUAAUGUUGAUUCAUGUCUAAUUAUAAAAAUAAGAACAGUGAAAAUCCGGCUUAAAAUUGUUCUCUAAAUUUUUAUUGGCUCAGGAAAAGACAGAACAAAAAUGUGCUUGCAACAACAUCCAGAUGAAAAGCAUUAUUUUUGUUUCUGACAACUCACAAAUUAUUUAAUUUCAACUUCUCACAUAGGAUUCGAAACUGAAGGAAGACAAAGGCAUGGGCCCCUACAAAGUCCUACAAGAUCAGGCCAUAUAAGCAACAAGGUAGAAAUCUUAAACAACAUGUCUAUACUGAACGGUACAAUAAUCAGUAUAUUAUGUAAUAUAUAUGUAAUUAUUGGUAUUGUUUUGCAUCCACGUUUUGUCGUUAUCAGAAAAUGUAUGGUUUGUCACUAUUUUUCACUUGCAUUAUUUCAAUAUAGUUUGUAAAUCUCAGAAGCGAAGGGUAGAACUUGCCAAUAGGCAAUAAUCCAAUAAUAUACGUUUCAAAAAAGACAAGAAAGCUUUUAGUUUUGCAGAGUUACAUUCUCAAAUGUUUAAGGCAUGCACUAAUAAAAUCAAAGUAUCAUGAAAUUAUUUGAAUAAACCACACCACAAUGCCACAUAUAUAAUGCCAUUUUCUUUGCGGAAGUGAAGAAUCAAGAUUACAUCACUGACACGGAAAGUUGACGAUUCAACGGACAAUAGUCAAUACGCUUCCCAACACAUUCCAUAGAUUUUUUACUAAUCCUAUAGUUUAUUGUUAGCAAGUGAUUACUGUGGCGGCUAUUGUUAACAUUCGUAUUGAUAAAAUUUGCAAGCGAUUGUUUUUAUAAUACGUUAUGUGAAUGUAAACUGCCAGAAGAAUACGACAACAUGAUUUUAUGCGAUCUCUGUGAUGGUUCCACUUUAGAUGUGUAGAAUAUCACACUAGUCUAAGUACCUCAAAUGUGUGCUUAUGCAGACUGUGCACACCACCAGCUGCUAAGAAGCCUAAAAUGUGUAAGUAAUUUUGUCUCCUUGUAAUAAAUAAAUAAAUCACACAAUAAAUCUUUUCAACUUGCAAUUGUUUUGUUUUUAGAUCAUAAAUUCAAAAUUUAUAUGGGGGGGGCGAAAUUCCUAAAGGGGGGCGAUAUUCCUAGGAGAGAUUCGCCCGGGGGGGGGGGCGAAUAUCCUAGGAAUAUCGCCCCCCUUUUGAGAGGGGGGGGCCAAUGUCCUGUGACACCGGCACUUUGUACCUACCAAAACCUGAUAAAAACUUGUACUAUUGUUUUCACAGUCAGUGAACACAAGAAUAUUUGCAUAGCGGGACUAAAUCGUCAGACUGGAUACGCUACUGAAUAUUAAACGUUUCCAACAUUGUUGGGUCAACAUCAUCCAACAUUGUUGAAAUGAUGGCCCAAACGGCUUCCUUUUCAAAUAUUUUUGUCGCUGACUAGGUUUAGAGUUUGAGUAAAGCUUAUCUAACCAAAAAGAUUUGAAAGAGAAGCAGUCUUAUCUAUUAUAGUAAGAUUGUUGGAUGAUGUUGGUCCAACAAUGUUGGAUCCGUUUAAACAGGCCUUAAUACAAAUAAAACAAAUUGUUAGGUAAUUUCAGUUCAGUCUUCAAAAUCAAUUUAUUCGCCUUUACAUUCUAAGAUUUUUUCUCAAAUUAAAUGGUAACUUAUGAAACUUAGAGCUUUGUUGAAAAGGAAAGCAGUUCAUGUUUUUAGGCAAAAAGGUAACGCAACAAAAUUCAUAAACAUUAAAUAUUCAAAGAAAACUUGCCGUAUAUUUCACCUAUUUCCCAUAGUAAAUCAAUUCUUCUCAUUUCUUCAAACAAAAUUGCUUCAAGUUUGUUGUGAAUGAAACGAUUUUCCAAAUAUAUGUCUUUUAAAAUUGAAAUUUUGCUUAUCCCACUCCUACACACAAUCAACCAUAUUUUUGAGAUCAGUGAGGAUGACCACCCACUCAAGAUCAUUGGUCGUGCCUGCGACUAUUGAUGAACUUUAGACUUCACUAAUGCUUUUGUUUCCCCGGGUGUAAAUAGCCGGGGGAAUUAGUACCCUCACACGGCGUCGGGAUUAAACAGUCCGUAAUUUCACCUUGCUUUGUCACAAAAGUAAGAUGUCUUAGAACCAGGGUGUCCACAGGCCUUGAAAAUCCUGAAAAGUCCUUGAAUUGGAAAAAAAGUCCUUGAAAAUCAGGAUAGAAGUCCUUGACUGGAGUUAUUUUCCUUCCCAUCGUUUUCACGUAUACGCGUUAUGACCUGGAUUGUUGCAAGUUAAAAAAAAAUACACAUGCAUCUAUAUAUUAACAAAAUAAUACAUGCACGUAUCCAUGCAGAUCUACAUGUUAGCAAAAAUAAAAAAAAAUCCGGAUGACCCGUGAACAUGCAGGGUUGCAAAAUCCGCUCAGGUCUUUAGUGACUCUACUCGAUCAAUCCCUACUACGCUAGGAAGAGUUUAGAACUUUGGUAGACCAGUCGAGAAAAUUAAUGUGAUGACCUAAUAUUUUUAAUUUUUGUUUCUAGCUGUUCCGGUCAUAAAACAACAUCUCUGCCGUUCCCUACGGAGCUGGCCAAACAAAUUGGCGAUGACAAAAGUUUUGAAACUAUUUUAAUAGAAACGGCCAAAGGUUUGAACACAUUUAAGUUUUAAUAAAUUUCUUUGUGUGUUCUUCAUUUGCUAGAUAGACUUAUUGCAAGACUUUAAAAAACUCAAUUUAUAGUCAUGCUAAUAAAGUUCUUAUUUUCAUUACCAUGUCAGUGCGCAGUGUAAUGCAUCAAAACUUUGUAUAUAGGCCUAUCUAUCAGCCCUAAUGCAUGCAUAUAAGUAAAUCAUGCAUGGUUCAUGUUUUACAUAACUUGUAGAUUUAUAAUAAGGUGAUUGGUAAAUAAUAGCUCUAAUAAUAGCAAAUAAUAACGAAGUAACGGCCAGAACGUACGUGGCUAUAUGUGAAACUGUCCACCUUGUCUUUGCAAGCAAGCUCCAAUUGUGAAACUUUCUUGUGUAUUUCUGCUUAUCCUCUCACUUGGGUGAAUCAGGUUUGAAUGUCCAAACAACGUGAAAUGCGCAAACUAGAUUAGUUUGAGCAUUGCUGGCGAAGAUCUGUCGAUUUUGUGAGAUGAACAAUGAAUGACGUUAAUUCGAAUUGGUGAAUUCGAAUCUUUUUAUGCCAGGUGAUCAAGAAAUAAACUUGUCCCUAAAUUCUAACCCAUGCAAUCCCAUAUGAAAAUGUGACCUAAUGUCUGCCGUUUCGUAAUACAGACAUGCACAAUCACAAGCAAUGAACAUAAACAUAUUACCGUUCAUGCCAAGCAGUCCAAUUCUGUAAUUAUUUUGUUAAUAUAGCUGUUGACCAAUACAAGGUCAAGGAUUUAAGAAUUGGAACAAUAUGUCGCCACAGCACGAUGGAUGAAGAAUUAUUUCUCAACCAAUGUACCUCAACCAAUGUAAACAAACAAAAAGAUGCUGCCAUUCUGCGGGAGCAAUACGAACUAGGUAAGGUCAUAGUCAAUAUAAUAAACAAGGUUAUAGCCAGGUAUUUGAUGGAAAUACAAAAGAUCACAUCUAUAUAUAUGCAUGUUACUUUAUAUCCUCACAUGCGUAUUUUUUUUGAACAAAAUUUUGAUCUCAACAAGUCUAGACAAACAUUUCCUGAUGAACAAAAUUUUGAUCUCAACAAGUCUAGACAAACAUUUCACUACAGCUUGAAAGAGCAUCAAAAUGAGUAAUAUUCCAAAGUUUCAUUGCAUAAUGUUGUAAAAUGCGGAUAAUAUAGCCUUGCGAAUUUUGCCAUUUUCAGUCAUUUUGUAUUACGCACAGGAAUAUAUCCAUUACACAUUGACAUUAUGUUUUAACUGGAACAAUAAUUCAAGACAAAAACAUGUGUUAUCAAAAAUACAAAAAUUUAUUAUCAAAAUUUUUGAAUGUUGAUUGUUGUUAACUUUCCUUCAUUUGUGCAGUUUAUUAGUUCAUAUAGUUGCAACAAAUAUGCUGUAAGCAGAGUUCCUCUGCUUCCGCCGUGACCACCGAGUAUACAGGGUGUCCAAAAAAAAAGUGACACUAUAGAAAUUAUCCUAUUGUUAUAAUUUCAAUGUCCUAGCACUAAGUUGAUCCCACAGGUGCAUAAACUUCUGCUUCUGGAAUUUAAAAUAAAAAAGCAAACUGUUUAAUAGUGUAAUCGUUUUGCUUGACUCGGGCGUUAAAAUAUUUGGACAAAGCGAAAACGUUGUAAAAUGCAAAUACAAGUUCAUUAAAAUGGCCCUGGGUUUGAUAAUUUUUUUGAAAGCAGUUGACCAUCUUUUCAUCAUCUUCUUUUGGCUUCUUUUCAUCAUCUUCUUUUUCAACAAGUAAGUACUUAUGAAAGUUACGUUUUUAUCCGCGGUGUUCAACGGCUUGUGUACACGCUAAUAUUUUUGUUAAAACCAGUUAAACCAAUUUAAAAAAAACUUUAUUUAUCUUUUUACCUUUAAAUACCCUCAUUUGGACAUAAUUUCCUAAUAAGAAACAUGUAUCUGGAAUUUGAUUGGCUACUCCGACUAUCAACAAUUCUUGAAUUUACUCCCGCGCCUUCCUGCGUCAGCAAUUUUUUUUGCUCUGCAGUGAUUUCAUUUUUCACUUUGACAGGUUUUUGUUAUGACUGAAGAAAUGUCUGAAAAUGGCUACAAACAUGAGUAAGUUUUACAAUAUAACUUUUAUUUUAUAUGCGGAUUAUAAAUGAAUAUUUAAAUACCUGGCAUUAGCAUCGGGCACAUUUAUCUUUUUUUGCUUUUUCAGCUGGUUAGGUUUUCCUAGUCCUCAAUUUAACUCGCCAGAAAGCAAUCCAGAAAGCAGCUUGAUGUCACCAUGUGUAUACUGAAAAGGUAACAUAUCCCGCAAUCCCUGUUUUCUGGUAUCAGAUAAAAAGCUUGUAUAUAUUUUGAAAUGUUUAUUAACGCUGUCUGCCUUCUAUACAGAAUAUACCAAGCUCAAAUUAAAAGGGGAAAACUAUCAACUCGCCAACGCAAAAUAAAAGACCAACACUGGCGGCAGGUCAGCCAUUCUAUAUAACAUUAAUUUGCCGGUUUAGUUUCAAAAAAAUAAACUCAUUCAUAUAUAGUAUGUUAUAGUUUAUAUUCAUGCAGGUUGGGGAAGCCAGCAGAGCCAAACGAGGAUAACAUUGAAGACAACAAGUCCGACGCAAAAUAGGAAACUAACACUUGCAGCAGGUCAGCCAUUCAAACUUUAAUAUGCCGGUGUAGUUUCCAAAUAACAAACUUGUUCAUAUAUAGUUUUGUUAUUGUUUGAACUCUGAUCGGGGAAGCCAGCAGAGCCAAUCGAGGAUGACAUUGAAGACACCAAGUCCGACGCAAAACAGGAAAUCACUUGCAGCAGGUCAGCCAUUCAAACUUUAAUUUGGCGGUGUAGUUUCCAAAUAACAAACUCGUUCAUAUAUUGUUUUGUUAUCAUUUGUAUUCAGGUUGGGGAAGCCAGCAGAGCCAACAAAGUCAAAGAGGUAGACCGCUAGGUCAGGCAGUCAACUUUUAUUUGCCAGUACAGUUUCAAAAACCAACUUAACUGGUCAAGCUCUAAUUCUGAACUUCUGAGUUGUGUACUGACCUUUCAAAAAUGUAAAUGACUGAUUAAUGUUGAUUAAUGUCUAAUUAUAAAAAUAAGAACAGUGAAAAUCCGGCUUAAAAUUGUUCUCUAAAUUUUUAUUGGCUCAGGAAAAGACAGAACAAAAAUGUGCUUGCAACAACAUCCAGAUGAAAAGCAUUAUUUUUGUUUCUGACAACUCACAAAUUAUUUAAUUUCAACUUCUCACAUAGGAUUCGAAACUGAAGGAAGACAAAGGCAUGGGCCCCUACAAAGUCCUACAAGAUCAGGCGAUAUAAGCAACAAGGUAGAAAUCUUAAACAACAUGUCUAUACUGAACGGUACAGUAAUCAGUAUAUUAAUAUACUAAGGGGCUGUUCAUAUGAGCCCGGUUAACCGGGCUGGCCCGCUUUGCCGGGCUGGCCCACUUUGCUUUCACAUGAGACGGGCUAGCCCGGCAAUCAUAUCUAUUCAUAGUAACGAUUUCCCGUGAUAUUUUAGCGGGAAAGUAAAAGUCGUUUUUGUUCAGUACAUUUGUAUUUUUGUCGAUGCCAACAGCUUCGGGAGGUUUAAUUUUGAUAAUUUCCUAUAUUUUUGAACUUUUUAGACUGUUUAUAAGUGAAAUAAAGCAUGCAAAUUUGCAGUCCGGCUUUCCGGGCUAGCGCAGUUGUGCAUUCAUAUGAGCCUGGUAAGCCGGGAUCUCGCCUCGCUGAAGCGAGAUCCCGGCAAACCAGGCUGGCCCGCUUCUCAUAUGAACCGAAUCUUAAAUUAAUAUAAAAACAAUAUGUGAGGCGGGAUCUCAGCACUCGAAAACCAUCCCGGUUAACCGGGCUAGCCCGGCAGUGCCGGGCUCAUAAGAACAGGCCCUUAAUAUUAUUAUCAGGCUAUAAAACGGUUAAGGUUUUGUCCCCAAUAUUCCUAACUUGCUGUUAAACCUACAAAAUGAUGUCUGAGUGAAUAAUCAUACCGGUACAAGCAAGGGUGGGAUGAGCUCAAAGUUGUUAAGCGUGCAAGCAAACUAAUGGAUUAAUUUCUUGUUUUCUUAGAUUUGCUGAGUGAGCUGAACAAACUGAAAGACGAUGUUGGUUCAUUGAAAAGGAGCAUAAAGGAUAUUGCGAGCAGUCAGUUGUAG